AAAGCAGGAUGAUGAAGUGAAGCAUCUGAUCAGCAAAAGAAAUCUCUAUCAACGUCCCUAAACUAAAGUAUCCACAUUUUAACCUAAACUUUAUAAAGCUGCAUCUGAUGCUACUUGAUUUUGUCUGAUUCUGUCAUGAGCACAAGCUGUUCCCCUGACCAGUGGAAAGUCACAGCACCAGCCUGUGAUUGAAGGCCUCAGAGGUGCAGUAUGUCAGGAAACUUUACCGAAGACAUUUCCACUCGGAGCAUGCGUGAACACAUAAGCAAGGUCAGUUUUCCACUGCUGAUGUGAUUUAGGGAAAUGAAGCACUCCUCGGUUUCCACAGUUUAUUACAACUAGUGGAAGGAAAGCAUGAGAUCAAUAGCCACUUUGGAGCUUGUUUGUACUUUCAUUUAUAAAUUAAUAACAUGCAGCAUUUGUGGAGCAAAGGGGCAAACAGGACGUUAUAAUUACUGCAAAGGGAUGAUGUGAGACAACAUUAUAGGAUGACAGAUUAUCUCAAAUACUCUAAAUGUUGAUUUAUAUGUAAACAUCUGUAUAGUACGCCACGUUGCUUAUAUUAUACUUACAUUAUACUUAUAAUUACCAGUUGAACUGUUUAACAUCCAGCAGGAAUCAUGCUCAAAAAAUGAAUAUAGAUUAUAAUGCCUGUGCUGGUUAUGUAAUGUUGGAUGUAGUGUCCACUAUAACCCUAUAAUACUGUAUUCUGAGGGACAGAGAAGUGAAUGAGGAGUAUUAAACUCUGAGUUUUAUUCCAACUCACUGCUCCAGUCCAGACCAUGCAAAGGGCAAACUCUCCUCCUACCUGGCAGCCUCAUUGUCUGUAUACAAAGCAGGCUGGCUCUCAAAGUUCAAACUUCACUAUGUGACAACAUUGCUGCUAACUAAAAAUACUUUCAUUGCUAAUUAAGUUGGAUAUUUCUUUUGUUUUUUUUAGCAUACAUUUUAUUCAAUUCUUUUUAGUAAUUACCACACUUCAGUUUUGCAAAAGUGGUAUAUUGUGAAUUGAAGAGGAAAGAAGAAAGGGAAUAAAAGAUGUUGUACUUCAUGUGAUGAUAACUGCGUAAAUACACACGUGUGGUUGAUAAAACAAUGAUAUAUUUGUCAAAAUACUUUGUUUAUCAUCCGUCUAUGUUUAAACUUAUAUUGUAAUUGCAGAUGAACCAGAGGUUGUAUGUAAACUGGGAGCAUUUCUCAGAAAUCUUUUGAUUCGCUUUAAAUAACCUGCUUCGAACUUGGGAGUCUAUUAUGCUCUUGUUUUAUGUUUGUACUCCACACCACAAUGUAGUGGUCAAGAGAAAAGAAAAAAACAGAAUCAGAGUCAAUAUAAGCAUGUUGAAGAACAGUAAUCAAAAAUAACAGAUGUACCGGAUGCAACAGAACAACACCUUGUGAUGUUAUUUAUUGUUGACUACCAUCUUUCUACCAAGAAAAGUGAUAUCUUGUUAUAUUAGUCUUUUAAUAAACAUCCAAAGUUUAAUGCCCUCAAUAUUUUGUCAAUUGGUUCCUCUGGUAUUGAAAAUUACACUGAAUAUUGUUGUAUCAAAGUUAGAAACUUGUGUAUCCUGACAACACUAGUGCUUUGUUUAAGUUAUGACUCUACUCUCACUGUGUUUCUUAAUGGCUUUUAAUAAUGUUAAUUCGUACCUUCUCCUUCAUGAUGUCCUUUAUGAUUUAAAACAAGGAAUUUUCUUUCUCCUGUUCUCUGUUCUUGGUAUAUUUCUUUUUUUUUUCUACAUUCUUACAUUUUUAAUGUUAUUUGAGUCAAUUUCUGCAAAAAAAUAUGUUUUACUUCUACCUAAGUAACACUUAACACCUAUACUCUCACCAUUAUAACAUACUUCUUUAUGUAAUGUUCACCACUACAGCAUUUGCCUGCCACCUGCCGUCUCAUUACUGCCACUGCAGCUCAGCCACAGAGUCCGACUGAAGUGUGGUACAGGUCGCAUUCAAUCACCCGGCGUCUCCCCCAUCAUCCACUCACUCACAGCCAAGGCAUCUCAAAGUCUUCCACUCCGCCUGCACGGCUGCUUAUCAGCUAACAAACAUCAUCGUCUGGGUACGAGCCAAAGGACAACAGAGAGCGGAGCAGCAGCAGCAGGAGGAGGCGGAGGGGAGGUGGGACGCUCCUGUAUAAAGUCAAAGGGCUGAACAUGUGGGGCCACACUGACAGAGACUCUGCACCGCUCCUGCGUCAAUCUCUGAGGACGACCAGCGAGACACUGUACCGAAGAGAGAAUCACUGGAUCUUUAAUUUUACACUUCUGGAGGAUUAUUGUUACUUUUGCCGAGCGAUAUUAUUUUUUUUUUUUGUCUAAGACGAACCUGAAAAAUGGAUUUACACGUUUUGAUUUCCGUCUUAUCAGUGAUGUACUCCUGGAUUUUGUGUGCAGUACUUGCAGCGCCUUCUGGAGAGACAACCACCGCCUCCACCACCACCCAGGGGCGCCAUGUGCGGACCAAACGCUGCUCCUGCGCCACUUUCCUGGACAAGGAGUGCGUCUACUUCUGCCACCUGGACAUCAUAUGGGUCAACACACCUGAGCGCGUGGUCUCCUACGGACUGGGCAACGCUCCCAGGACGAAGCGCGCGGUCGUGGGCUCCAUGGCAACCAGCAGCAGCAGCAGCAGUGGACCCCGGUGUCAGUGUUCCCACGAAGAAGACAACACAUGCAGGAACUUCUGCCGGAUGGGAAAACGCCUCAGGUAUGAGACGCUGCCAGACACGGUGAUCCGCUCCGCCCAGGGCGAUGGUUGUGCCGAGGCGCAGUGCAAACACAAGCUGGCAGCCGACACGGGCAGGAUUAAAAGGAUGAAGAGUGGCAACACGAAACGGGUGUCGCCUCUAGCGAUCAGGGCCACCCUGAAGACCAGCCUGCUUCUGAAGAAAUGGAGGGCGAGACAGCGCCACAGGGCGAGGGCAUGGGAGGGCGAGAGCGUGGCCUCCUAAAGACGACAGAUAACCUCCGCGCCUUGUCAUACAGAGGAGGAAAGGGUUUCAUAAGCCCUUUCUCUACAGCCAAUGGAAGAGAAAGGAGAGCCCAGAUAUGGCCGGGAAACUUCCUCCGUGUUGGCUUCGAGAGCAUUCACGACUCGACUCGGUUGCACUUCAUCAGUCAGAUGAACGAGGGCAGAGACAGUAGACACGGAGUUCAGGUGAAAGUAGAUAAGCUGAGCGGAGUCGGACUCGGCUGAUUGAUCCUGUCGGUGUCAGGGUCAGACUCACUCACCGCUCCUCAUAUGGACUAAAAAAGAAAAAAACACAACAGAGCAUUUCAAACACUUGACUUUACUGGAAGGAUUCCACAUACAGUAAAUCCUUCCACUGCCGUAUACGGAUGAGGGCAGUCCUACUCAUUAUAUUUAAAGAUGCCAUUACUUUUCCUCACACAAAGUUGCAGAACCAGACUGUUACGUCUACAUAGAAGGGAUCAUGUGCCUCGUCACUGCUUCACACAAGGCAAUUUUUCACCGACUGAAACUAUUUACUGCAUUUUAUGUAACAGGUUGUCCCCUGUCAGGACACAGGUCAUUGUAGCUGUGCAGUACAGUAGCUGCUGGGAGUUCUUUCAUUUAUCAUAAUUUAAUUGUCCACUAAAUAUGCUAUGUAUGUAUGUUGAUGCCACUAUUUAUUUAUUCUUUUUGUAUGUUGUAAUUUGAUGGCCAUAUUGGCCCGUCACGUUUGGUUUUGUCAUUUCUGUGAAAUGUUUUGUCACCAAGGUGCCAAGUUUUGGCCAAUCUUAAAUAAAUUUGUACACACUUA